CUUACCCUUCGUCGGGCGCAAUAGGCCUGACAGGCACAGCAGAUUUGUUUUAGUUUCUCUUGAUGCCGCUAGGGCGCGUACAUCGCUAGUCUCCAGGAUACUCGCGUCAAUUUUGAAGGUGUUGAAGAUUCCUCAUACCAGUAACCGUUCUGAUUGUGUGUUGAGGAGAUCUGUCUAUCUUGGCUUCUCAGGCCAGUUGCGCCUGAACUCGUCCAUUUUUUGAAGUUUUACUGGAAAAAUGGCUCGAGAAACGUAUGAUAUGACCAAUCAGAAAAAUAUUGAAGAGCUACAACGUUUCCUUGAGGAUGACGAUGAUGAAGACCCAGCGGCCAAUGAGGAUUUGGGAGAAGAAAGUGACAUCGAUUCACAAGAUGAAGUGGAGGAACAACAAGGUGAUUCCGAUACAGAGCAGGAUUGUGAUAAGUUUAGUGAUGAUGAAGAUACUACGAGUGAAGAAACAGAUGAGACAUUUUUUUUGGGCAAAGACAAGAAGACUAAGUGGUUGAAAAAGUCACCUGGAAGCACUUUUCGUCGGGUACAAUCUCAAAAUAUUGUAACUCAUCUUCCUGGUGUAAAAGGUAAUGCAAGAAAUGCUAAAUCUGCUUUUGAAUGUUGGAGCAAUUUAUUUACUGACGACAUCCUUGACACAAUUGUAACAUGUACAAACCAAUACAUGAACUCUAUCAAGGACCAAUUCUCUAGAGAACGAGACAUCAAGCCUACUGAUGUUAUUGAAUUGAAGGCUUACAUUGGUUUGUUGUACCUAGCUGGGGCAUACAAAGCAAAUCGGCAAUGUCUAGAAGAACUUUGGGGAGCUGAGGGUGAUGGUGUAGAGAAAUUUAGUCUUGUAAUGAAUCUGAAGUGA